UGCGGCGCUGGGUCCUCUCUAAACCGGACGAAGCAGUCUCCCCCAAAAUUCCCCGAACCAAAUCACUCUCACGGUCUCACCGUCUCCCCAGCAACCAGCACACAUUUCCCUUUGGCGGAUCGAAAGGAGGAGGAGAAGAUGGGUGGCGGCAUGGAGGUGCACAAAAACCGGUGGAUCGAAGAGUGGAACGCCGGCCGCGAGAACCUCGAGUUCAACUUCCGCUGGACCCGCCGCAGCCUCGCCGUCAUCGGCCUCUUCGGCCUCGCUGUCCCCAUCCUCGUCUACAAGGGCAUCGUCCGCGAAUUCCAUAUGCAGGACGAGGAUGCCGGGCGGCCGUACAGGAAGUUCCUCUGAGCGUCGUCCCGGGCUGCUGGAGACGUCGAUCCCUUGACCGGGGCUGCGAGGAGGGGAGUUUCCAUUCGGUUUGUGCCGGUAUUGUUUUAGUCUGAAUCUGAUGGAGCAUUUUGGAAUGCUGAACUGUUGUGUCGGAUCCAAAUGAAUAAGGUGUAAUGACUCGUCUUUUUAAUUACUGAAAUUUGACAUGUUUGAAUUGAUUUGGUCACUUUUUAUGGUAAAAUAGCUGCAUCGUCAUGUACUGCC